UAUCAUGGCGGACUACGACGGUGUUUGAACACGACCAAAACGAUGAUGUGAAUGAUGACCAUAAAUUAAAGUGUGUACAAGUAAAAAUCGGCAAGAUGUCUGAAGCAAGAGGCGAGUCACGGGCUAGCUAUGCCAGUCAGAGCCAGUAUUCAGAGUCUACCAUCAUCAACCAGGAUAUCACAGAUCAGGACCUUUUACGGGCCCACAAGUCCGGCAACCAGGCCUCUAAAGUUGUCAGUUUCGCUCCAGGGUCAGCUCUAGAACGGGCCAAAACUGUAGAGGAGUUAGGAAAGCAACAACGCAAAGGAAUGCAUGCUGGAAAACAUCUAGAUCUGAUGGAGAGACUCAUAGACAGACCUCAUAAUGCAGAUGUGUUCCGAAUGGUGAAAGCUUCACCCCGGGAAAAUAAACAGGAACCUCAAAACACAGGUUCUUUGAAGAGUCCAUCUGGUCUAAAUGGUUCUCCAGGUCCAAUGCGACAGAGUCCGCUUAUUCCUCGACCUCCGUCAGCAAAAACCAGCAAUGGUGGUCCCAUGUCAAGUUUUAGAACCACAAUAUUCAAACGUGACAACCAGAAGCGCCAGACAGAAAUCCAGAAACGUAACCAACGGUCUCCAUUGGAGCCUCCCAAACUCACAGUCAGCAUGCUCCACAAGAAGACUCCCAAAGUCGUGUCUGUCCCUAUAACCCCUGCUGAUGACAUGGUGUCAGAUGGUGCGGAGGACUUAGAGAUUCUGGCUGAGCUAGUGGAGCUGAUGGGAGACGCUGGAAUGACUGACACAGAGAACCUCGAUGCAGACCCAAAUUAUGAAGAAGAGGAUGAGACAACCAAGCAACCUACAGUUCCCGAAAGAAAUGUUCCAGAAGAGAAAACAGUUACCUUCAGCAAUGAAGAUACAAAUAGCUCUCCGACAAAGUCUGUAACUUCCCGUGUGUCGACAGGAAAGUCAUUUGAUGAUGGAAUGACGGAGGAGGAGGAAGACAUUGAUGUGUGCCUUGUCAAAUAUCCUGGAGGAAUACCCAUCAUUGAUACGGUAGCUCCUCCCCCUGUCAAAGCUCCGCCCACAAAAGACAAAGCACCAAUUACAGACAGAUCCUCAUCAACAUUGCAAAAAGAUGUGCAUAUGGGGUUGAAGAAGCGGACGAAAUACGAUGAUACAGUCCGAGAACUAGGUGGCAUAACCUUUGUCCCUGACAAUGAUGACAUACUCUAUAACUUGAUUCGUCUGCGGGAACGCCUCGGAUGGGACUCGGAGAUUCCCCGCCAUGCCCCGGGAUGUAAGGCCAGCAUGAUGUCAUUACAAAACAUCCCUGAGGAAGAGGCCGAUAACGCUGUGGGGUCUAAAUACAAAGAAGAUGAUGGAGAAUUUUUGUAUUGUCUCCCUAAAUGGCGUAAAAAUCGACGAGCUCGAUAUGACCCCUAUGACCUUCAAGUUGUAUCCGCCAACACAGCAAGGUCACACAAAGUCUACUACACGGUUACAGCGUCUUUCAUCACUUUGUGUACACAGAAUGAAGAUGGAAGCGCGGAGUCAGUAAACAACCCUGCCCUCUGGUGGCUGUGGGAGAGACGACUUUUCUACAUGAUCUAUCAGCUCCCAGUGUUUGUAAAAUUCCGGUUAUGGAAGACUUUCAAGAUGUGGAAGAGAAAUGUCCGCCUGCAGAAAAGUGCACAAAGCAAGGUGGUCCUAUACAAGAGCCUGUUUGUGGCCAAUGAGGUCCUGCAGGGCUGUCUGAUCCAUGUCCGAAGUCUGUGUGAGGCCGCCUGUGGCAGCAACAGAGGGAUCGGGGAGGGUGAGAGUGCUGUAUCUCUCAUCAGUAUGGACCGUUCAACCAUCCUUACUCUACAGGAGUUCAGAGACAUCCAGGAGAAACAGGGAAAGCUUGCUCUGGUGAAACUCAACGCUCUCCGUAGGAAAAUUAUUGACAUUGUCUGGGAAUCUUGUGCAACUGUGGCUGAAAUGGAAGGUAUAACACACGGUAUCCGAACUGAGGGGUCAAAGAAGGUCGUUGUCAAGGAGCCAAAGGAAGAAGUCAAGGUUGUCACUUCAAAAAUGAAGUUACGUUCCAAGUAUGCUAGCGAUAUACCACUCCCAGAUACAAAGAAAAAGACAGAGGAAAAGAAAGUUAUAAAGCCACUCUAUGCUGAGAUAGCUGAGUGGCGAAAGAUCCUGAAUCGACUGGCCGGAUUCCUGCGGUCAGUGGACUACCUGAUGCUGGAGAUGCUGCGGAGGCUGGUGGUCACAGCAGUUAGACAUUUGGUCGAUCACCUGGUGUCCUCGUACAAUGUGACUGAUGAGGAUGAAGAAAAGGCAUCAUCCUAUGUUCCCUCGUCAAAAGGCAGCACUCCCGAACCUGAGGAAGAUGAGGUUCCGCCAAAACCUGUCAAAAUGGGAAGUCGACAUGGCUCUGAUCCUGAUGAUGACACAGAAACGAUGUCUACCAUGAGUCGACUGGAUUAUUCCAGGAGACAAAGGGAACUGAAACCUAUGUCUGCAGCUAGUUCUGCUAGUUAUAAGCCAUUCCAGGCCCGGAAACAGCAGAAAUCAGAACAGGGCUAUCUGAUUCCACACUUUGAUUUUGACGAGCCAGAACUUUUCGAAGGACCACCAGAUGCAGACGAGAUCCUUCGUGAGAUCCUGCACCGCGAUGAGGUAGAGGAGGUGACGGCAUGUGUUUUCAGUCUGCAACUGAUGCUGAACGUUCCUGGAGUGACAGCAGCUCUCUCCUCCUCGUACGCCUCCUCCAGAGGGGACCGGAGCUCCAUCAGGUCCAACACCUCCCGUGUAAGGUUUGAUGACAAAGUAGACUCCAUUCACAAGAAGUCAGUCAAAUUUACCACUGAGCAGCAGAAUGAGUCAGAUGGUGAAGAAACGAGUGAGAGUGGGGAGGAGGACUCGUCUGAGGAGGAAUACGAGGAUGAGGACGACAACCAGAUGAGAAACAGAUUCGCUUACGCCUACCAGGAAAAGGAGAAAAAAGAAAAGGCAGAAGUGACAAGGUCAUUUGUUAGUAUGGCGCCCAAUGAGAAUGAAUUCAAGUACGGCAUCAGAGACGUUAUCUCGGGAUUUGAGAACACUGUUGGUCAGGUGGUAUCAAUGCUACGAGAGCCGAAGCUUGCUGUUUUCUACUCCCCACCGAAAAACGAUUUGCGUCUGAACUUUGAUGAAGAAGAAGAACUCGAGCGUAAAGAGAUGAUGCGACCUUGGCCUGACCUUGAAUUUGUGUUCGGGGAUGACCCAGAAUAUCAAAAUUUACUUUCAGAACUGGAAUCGUACAUGACAAUGGAGAUGGCGCUAGUCAAACAAUACUCCACAAAUUUUGAUCACUUUUGUGUAAUGGUGGACAAAGCGAGAAUCCUGAAUGUAAAUGAGUCGAUGGCGCGGCGGGAAUGGUCGACUGAGGAGUUCCAGCACGUCCUCGCUACAUAUACAGAAAUGAUCCACCAGAUGAAGAAGAUGACAACUGUGAGGCGUGUGUCGAUGGUCCAGGUACAAAGUAAAAACUUCAGAGAGUGUUGUCUCCCCUACUGCAAGGAAAUUGUGUCAGACUCUCACAAACAGCUUCCUCUCAUAGCAAACAAACGCAACGAAGACCUCCUUACAAUCAUAAAGGGGGCAUCCAAGAAACUGGAGCACUACCCAACCUCAGUGGAAGACUUUGUGGAACAUCUGUCCUUCCUGGGGAAAAUGUCUACAGAGUUACCUGCCCUUGAUAAGGAGUUCUUCAUCGUUAACAAGAUGUUUACCAUAGCAAAGGAGUUUUCUGUGCAAAUUGAUCCGGAAGAUUAUGCAUUGUACCAGUUCCUGGGACCAAGUUUCAGGCAUUUGAAAUCAACAGUGCUGUACAGUGAAGCCAAAAAGGACGAGAACAUACGUAAGUUUAGUCGAGACCUUGACAACCUCAUCUUCAGUAUUCGAACCAAGAUCAUGGAUCUUAAGAAUCGGAUCCAGGACCCAGACCUGCUGCACAUGGACACGAUGAGUGUGACUGCUCUGGAAACAAUUCGGGACCUCCAGGAGGGUGUCCAGGAAUUGUCCGUGAAGGCACGAAGCUAUGCUGCAUACCAGGAGAGAUUUGGUAGCUCUCUCACCACUGGCAGGAAGGGCGUCUAUGUUGAAAUAGAGGAAUACCUGAUGAUUGAUAAACGUGACAACAAGAGUGCUCAGGAAAUCCAGUCGGAACUCAAUGAACUGGAACAUGACAUCAUGCUUCGCCGAAUCCUCUGGCAGUCCCAGGAGGAGUGGAUGAAACUAGUCGACGAGUGGACCGCAACCGUGUUUGAAAACCUCAACGUUCAAACCCUGCAGAAAAACGUCAACCGAUUUACGCAGACGGUGUAUAUGUUGGAUAAGGGCCUCCCACACAACGAGGUUGUACCGAGACUCAAAGAAAAGGUGUUGGAUUUUAAACAGGGCAUGCCCGUCAUCACCAGUCUGAGGAACCCGUCGCUACGACGACGUCACUGGGAAAGCAUAGAACGACUCAUUCAGAAGUCCAUUGCUAAAGACAAGGCAUUCACAUUGGGCAACCUGCUGGAAAUGAAUAUCUUCAAACACAAGGAGAAGAUACAGGAGAUCUCCACAAAGGCCAGUAACGAGGCCACACUGGAAAACAUGCUGCAGAAGAUCAUCGACCUGUGGCAGGGUAUGGACUUCAGACUGGUGGCUCAUGCAGGUCGUGACACUUUCAUUAUCGGAGGAGCAGACGACAUACUGGCUCAACUAGAAGAGAGUCAAGUCACCAUAGGAACCAUCAGUGGUUCAAGAUACGUGGCACCAAUCAAGAACCAAGUGGAGGAGUGGGAGAGAAAGCUCCAGGCUUUUGCCCGUACCUUGGAGGAGUGGAUGAAGUUCCAGAGAAACUGGCUAUACCUGGAACAGAUAUUUAGUACACCUGAUAUCCAGAGACAACUGGGGCCUGAACACAAGAUGUUUACCGGAGUAGACAAGGCCUGGAAGGACAUCAUGCGCCGCGUGGAGGACCGCCCUAACGCCCUCAAAUCUGCCCUCGCCUCAGGAACCCUGGAGACACUGCAGACUGGGAAUGGCACAUUAGAGAAAAUCCAGAAAAGUCUAGAGGACUACUUGGAGACCAAACGCCUCCUGUUCCCACGGUUUUACUUCCUUAGUAACGACGAGCUUCUGGACAUCAUGGCGCAGUCUAAGGAUCCCAAUGCUGUACAGCCACAUCUUGGAAAAUGCUUUGGAAAUAUAAAAUCUCUGAAUAUCAAGUCUAUGCCACGGCAAGCAGCCAUUGUGAAGUCAAUGACGUCAGCUGAGGGGGAGAAUGUCGACAUGCCCAGGAACUUGAGGGUCCGUGGUGUAGUGGAACAGUGGCUACUUGGUGUGGAGGCUGGAAUGUUUGAGACAGUCAAGAGACAUCUGAAGGAAGGUUUGGCUGGCUGGACGGGGACAGAACUUCAGGACUGGGUCCUCCGCCACCCCGGUCAAGUGGUCAUCACUGUGGCCCAAAUCCAGUUCAACAAGGACGUGGUGCGAUGUUUUGACCAGACGUUGCCGAUCGACGCCCUAGUGCAGGUCAAGGACAAUAUGGUGGACUCUCUAAACUGUCUGGCUGGUCUCGUGUCCAGCUCCAUCAAGUAUCACCAGCGGUCAAGCAUAGAAGCCCUGCUGACCAUCAAUGUCCACAAUCGUGACAUCGUCAUUAUGAUGAUUGAUGAUCGAAUCACACGCAAGGACGACUUUGAUUGGAACAGACAACUUCGGUACGAGUGGGACGAACAGAGGAACAACUGUUUAGUGAUGCAGUCGAACGCAUCUUUCCAGUACGGAUAUGAGUACCUGGGCUGUUCCUCACGUCUGGUCAUUACACCACUCACUGACCGAUGUUACCUCACACUGACCGGCGCUCUCCACCUACAUCUAGGUGGUUCUCCGGCCGGACCCGCAGGGACGGGCAAAACAGAGACAGUCAAGGAUCUGGCUAAGGCUGUAGGGAAACAGUGUGUGGUUUUCAACUGUUCUGAGGGUCUGGAUUACAAGACACUCGGAAAGUUUUUCUCAGGGAUUGCUCAGUCUGGGAGUUGGUGCUGCUUUGACGAGUUUAACCGUAUAGACGUGGAGGUACUGUCCGUGGUCGCCCAACAGAUCCUCUCUAUCAAGUCCGCCAAGGAUUCCCAGCUCAUGAGAUUUAUGUUUGAUGGCAAGGAAAUCAAACUCAACAUGACCUGUGGCUAUUUCAUCACAAUGAACCCCACGUACCUUGGUCGUGUGGAGUUGCCCGACAAUCUAAAAUCAUUGUUCCGCUCAGUGGCCAUGAUGGUACCUGAUUACUCAAUGAUCGCAGAGAUCAUGUUGUUCUCUGAGGGAUUCAUGUCGGCAGCACUUCUGUCGCGGAAGAUCGUAAACCUCUACCAGUUGGCCAGUCGUCAGCUCUCGCAGCAGGACCAUUAUGACUUUGGCAUGAGGGCCAUCAAGUCUGUCCUGGUCAUGGCAGGACACCGCAAACACCAGGCUCACCAUGUCCAAGAAAACGAGAUUAAGCAACUUAAUGAGAAGGAUGAGUCUCACAUCCUCAUUCACUCCCUGAGGGAUGCCAAUCUCCCCAAAUUCCUGGCUGAAGAUGUUCCACUUUUUGAGCGUAUCCUGGACGAUCUCUUCCCCAACAUAGUUCCACCGGAGCCUGAUCAUGGAAUCAUUGAGCGAGCCAUCAAUAUGGCCAUCCGUGACCAGAACCUUCUGCACUGGCCCAGCCAGGUAGAAAAGGUCAAACAAUUGUAUAACCAGAUUCUGGUGCGUCAUGGCGUCAUGUUAGUGGGACCCACGGGCGGAGGAAAGACAACUGUACGUAAUGUCCUCCAGAAAGCUCUCAUCCUUCUACCAACUAUCUCCCUGCAGGAAAACCAGCAGGACCCUGCUAGUCGCAAGCAGGGCAUGUUUCAGCACAAUCGAGCAAAGAAAGGUCACGUGGAGGUUUUUACCAUCAACCCCAAAUGUGUCAAGUUAGGAGAGCUCUAUGGAGAAACGGACCCCAACACUUUUGAGUGGACUGAUGGCCUUAUCGCCACGGCAACCAGGAAGUUUGCACGGGAAAAUAUGCAAAUUCCAGGAGAUGAGAGUCGGCCUGUCACUGCUGCGUCAGGAAAUCCACAGGGUGUGCUUGCUGGCAUUAUCGGUAUACGUAAGAGUGCAGUGACACCGACUGCUCAAAGUGCACCGAGCGAGCCGGAUACGGAGAUGUCGGAGAAGAAAGAUGAAGACCCACUACGACAGGACUGGCGCUGGCUGGUCCUGGAUGGUCCUGUGGACACGCUGUGGGUGGAGAACCUAAACACUGUACUGGACGACUCCAAGGUGCUCUGUCUGGCCAGUGGUGAACGUAUCACUCUGUCCGGGGGCAUGAGACUCAUCUUUGAAGUUGAUCACUUGUCUCAGGCCAGUCCGGCCACCAUCAGCAGAUGUGCUAUGGUGUACAUGGACCCAGUAGAUUUAGGUUGGAAACCGUUCGUGAAGACAUGGCUGUCCCGUCUGCCCAGAGAAAUGCCCGAGAGUGGAAAACGAUACCUGCAGGAUAUGUUUGAUCAUGCGAUUGAGAAGGGGUUGAGAUUUGCGCGGAAGUAUGUGAGAUUCCAGUCGAUUCCUGCCCCCGAGAUGUGUCUGAUUUCCUGUUUGUGUCAUAUCUUGUCUGCGUUCCUCGACUUUAUGGCCAAGAAUGGCGGCUUUGGAACCCCAGAUAAGCGGAACAUUCCGAGUAGCAGAAAGUCAAAAAAUAAGGAUGAUGGAGGUCACACAGAAGUGUCGGAGCGAUCAGACAGCCAGGCAUCAAGUCACAGUUCAUCACGUACUGGAUCGCGGAGUACGUCACGCACCAGUCGCAGCAAAAAACGCAAGAGCAGGGCCUUCCAGUCCAAGAUAAAGGAGGACUUAGACACCAUAUCAGAGACCCAGUCCACAAAAAGCUCCAGUUCCCAGCCUAUAAAGGAAUCGUAUCUGCAGAAGAACCCGUUACAACUUUUAAACAUCCUGGGAAAGUUGUUCGCCUUCGCUUUCACCUGGAGUAUUGGGGGAAAUUUCAAACGACAGGAAGAUGUUGAUGAUGAAGAAAGCGUCAGCCGUCGGACAUCAGACAAAGACAAGGGCGAAAGAGGCGUCAACAUUUGUAACGAGUUUGAUGGCUUCAUGCAUGAUCUAUUUGACAUUGAACCACCACUAGGUGUGAGGCUGCCCACAGGAAACCGGAGUGUAUACAGCUACUUCAUAGACAUGGAGUCCGGUAACUUUGUUCUCUGGGAUGUGCUGGUGCCACAGACACGAUCACUCAUUGAGAAAAGUGCCGUUAUUACCAUCGGAGAGACGAUGGGCAUCGUGUCAGAACACAAGAAAAAACGUGAGGAAACUGACAUCACUCCAACAGUUGACAUCGUAAGAUUCUCCUUCCUGUCUAGUCUCCUCAUCACGAACAAACACCCAGUUCUCCUAUCAGGGGAAUCUGGUGUUGGUAAGUCUGCGUUAAUUAACCACAUGCUGAGUCGCCUGAAGAGAGAUGGCGGGGCGGAGAUCAAGAACGGCACUGUGCUUGGAAAUGUGUUAUGUUACUCUGACAAACACUCAUCCCUGCUGGAGAACAUCACUAACAUCACACGGUUUGGACAAGAGGAAGACGCCAACAAGAGCCUUGACUUCCUUCUGGGUUCUACGAAAAUAAAGCAGGUGACAGGACUAAUUAGCUCCAUGAUCCAGUUCAGUGCCCAAACGACUGCAGCGCGGUUACAGGCCCACAUCGUCCAUAAACUCAUCAAGAAGGGCAAGGAAACCCUCGGGGCUCCCAAAGGAAGGAAAGUUAUUGUGUUCGUGGAUGACCUCAACAUGCCAGCCCCAGAAGAGUAUGGGGCACAGCCACCCUUGGAACUCCUCAGGCAGUUUCUAGAACUCGGAGGCUUCUUCGAUACAGCCAAGCUUGUCUGGAAGGACAUUCUGGACGUAAACCUAAUUGCUGCGUGUGGCCCGACCGGUGGGGGACGGAAUCCCAUCAGUCCCCGCCUCCUCAAACACUUCUGUAUGUUGGCGCUGCCCCAGCCGUCGACACGCUCACUCCAACACAUCUACCAGGUUCAGCUUGGAAAAUUCUUCACGGAAGGUGACUUUGCCUCGGAGUUCAAGGACCAGCUCAUCCCUCUGGUGUCAGCCAGUAUCGCAGUGUACUACCGAAUGUGUAGCAACAUGUUACCCACACCGACCAAGUCCCACUACAACUUCAACCUGCGGGAUCUGUCUAAGGUGAUCCAGGGACUGUUGCAGGCCCACGAGACAGUCAUUAUUAGUAAAGACAAUUCAGCACUGCUGUUCGCACAUGAGGCGACACGCGUAUUCCACGAUCGCCUCAUCUUCCACGAGGAUCGUGACAUGUUCUUCCAGUUCUUGUCUGAUAUCCUCCAUGACUACUUCAAGGUAAAGUGGUCCAAAGAUAUGCUGAUGAAUAAACAAGUCUUGUUUGGUGAUUUCUUCGAAAUGGAGGCCACGUUGCAUGUGUACCGGCCGAUGUCGGACCGCACCAAGUUAGCUCAGGUCCUGGAAGAAUAUUACAUGAGGAUGAACUACGGGAACACCAAGCCAACCUUCGAAGGGGAUGUGAUGGCGUCACAGAUGGUAUUCUUCAAGGAUGCUGUAGAGCACAUCACGCGGGCGGCUCGAGUCUUUAGACAGCCUGGUGGUCAUAUGAUGUUGGUGGGAUUGGACGGCACUGGGAAAGCCACUGUAGUACAAUUAGCCGCUCACAUCUCGAACUGUGAGCUCUUCAAGCUCACGCUUCAGCGAGGCUAUAACUUCAGUGAAUUUCGGGAUGACCUCAAAAAGCUUUUCCUCAGUAGUGGGGUCAAGGGCAAGAAAAAUGUGUUUUUACUCACAGACUCUGACAUUGUGAAGGAAUCAUUCCUGGAAGACAUUAACUGUAUACUAAAUUCUGGUGAAGUCCCGGACCUCUUUGACAAUGAGGAACUGGACGGGAUCACGAUGGACCUUAAACAGACUGCUGCUGAGGCUGACAUCCCGGACACCCGAGCCUCCGUCUACCAGUUCUUCAUCCACCGGGUCCGUCAAAACCUUCAUGUCGUACUGACGAUGAGUCCGGCGGGCGGGAAGUUCCGUCAACGGUGCCGCAUGAACCCCGCUCUGAUCAACUGUUGUACCAUCGACUGGUAUGAUGAAUGGGAGGAAGAGGCUAUGCUGAGUGUGGCCCAAGUUUUCUUCUCCAAUGCUGAGUUUAUUGCGAGUGAGAAUUAUGACCUGGAUCUUUUGAAGCGUAGGGUGGGGAAAGUCUGUGUGGAGAUUCACAAGAGUAUCGGGGUAAUGUCGACCAAGUACUGGGAGGAAAUGCGACGCCAUUACUACUCUACGCCGUCCAGCUACAUGGAGUUUAUAAGGCUUUACUCCAAAAUGCUUCGUGAAAACAAGACUGAAUUUGUCAACAAUAAGAACCGUCUGGAGGUCGGACUAUUGAAAUUGUCGGAGGCAAACACAUCCGUGGGGACUAUGCAGGAGAUACUUGUCUCUCUUGGACCACAGAUUGAAGAGAAACAAAGGGACACGGAGGUGCUUCUGCAGCAGCUGGAGAAAGACAAGGUCGCUGCGGAACAAGUACGAGCCAUCGUCAGGGAGGAGGAAGAGAUCAUGCAGAAGGAGGCCAAGAUCGUACAGGACUACGCUGAUGAAUGUCAGCGAGACCUUGCCUCUGCCCUGCCGGCCCUACAGAAUGCGGUGGAGGCCUUAGAGACCUUGGACAAGGCCGAUAUUGCCGAGAUCAGAGUCUACACCAACCCACCAAUGCUUGUCAUGACUGUCAUGUCGGCCGUCUGUGUCCUCUUCCAGAAAAAGACAGACUGGGCCACCGCCAAACAGCUUCUUGGUGACCCGUCUUUCUUAAAAAAACUCACGCAAUUUGACAAGUCAAGUGUGCCAGAAAAGACUUUCCACAGGCUGAAGAAAUACUCCAAACACCCAGACUUCAACCCAGAGGCUGUCGGUAAUGUGGCGUUUGCUUGUAAAUCGAUCUGUACCUGGGUACUAGCCCUGGAACACUACAAUGACGUCUACAAGAUGGUGAAACCUAAACAGAAGAGGGUGUCAGAGGCCAAGGAGGCCCUACAGAUGGCAGAGGAGAGUCUGGCCAACAAACAGGCCAGUCUCCGUAAGUUACAAGACCACCUGAACAGACUGGAACAACAGUACAAGGACAGCGUGGAUCAGAGAGAGUCUCUCAAACAGCGCAAGGUCACCACGGCACUCCGACUCCAACGGGCCUCCAUACUCAUAGAUGCACUCGUCGACGAAAAGGAUCGCUGGCAGGACUUAGUGGAGGAACUGAAAUCCCGCCUCCACGGUCUGGUGGGAGAUACCUUGGUGGCCGCAUCGUCUGUCGCCUACAUUGGGCCGUUCACUGCCAAGUACAGGAAAGAUCUUAUACACACAUGGACUGACUACUGCCAGAAAAACGAUAUCCCUAUCACCAAGGACUUCGAGCUCAUCAAGAGUACAGUGGAACCGUACCAGGUGAUUAAAUGGCAGAAUGAAGGUUUACCAAGAGACAACCACUCCACAGAGAAUGCCCUCAUCAUCAAAAGAGCCCAGAAAUGGCCGCUGUUCAUUGACCCUCAGGGGCAAGCCUUCAACUAUAUCCGGGAGAUGGAGGGCACACAGCUAAAGAUAGUUGCAGCUUCGGACCACAACUUCAUGAAGACCUUGGAGAUUGCCAUUAGUGUGGGAAAACCUAUGCUGCUUAAGGAUGUAUCGGAGACCUUGGAUCCGGCUCUGCGACCUGUCCUUCUGCAUGAGACAUUCCAGCGAGGCGGCCAUCUUGUCAUCAAGCUCGGAGACACAGAGAUUGAAUACAAUGAAUCCUUUAAACUGUACAUGACGUCGUCUAUGGCCAACCCUCACUACCUACCAUCGGUGUACAUACAAGUCAACAUCAUCAACUUCACUGUCACAUUCGAGGGCCUUCAGGAACAGCUCCUGUCUGCCGUCGUCAAACACGAGAAGCCAAGACUCGAGAACCAGCGUACCGAGCUGUUAGAUAGUAUCUCUAGCGACCUGCAGCUCCUAAGGGACGUGGAGGACAAGACACUGGGACUUCUACAGAAACCAGAAGGUAACCUGCUGGAUGACCAGGACUUGGUGAACACACUACAGAAAAGUAAAGGCAUGUCUAUAGAGAUUUAUAAACGUAUCAAGCAGUCGGAGGAGAACGAGACGAAGCUAAAUCAGGCACGAAAACGCUACCUGCCCGUUGCCACUAGAGGAGCUACCAUUUACUUCGUCUUGGCUAACCUGGCUGGUAUUGAUGUCAUGUACCAGUUCUCUCUGGACUGGUUCCAGGACAUGUUCAUCAACUGUAUCAACGGUUCAGGCAACACGCCAGCUCACAUUCCCUCGGACAUGAACCGCCGUAAGUCGUCACUCCACCUGAGUGGAUCAAUACGACCAAGCAGUCGUCUAGGUGCCAGUCCCACUCCAAGAGGCAGCAUUGACCUCAGUCUGAAAGACAACGAGCAGACACUUAAUCCAGCGGAGCUCAAAAAACACAUGUUGGACAUGAUCAACAGGUUGACGUCCAAUAUUUAUCGUGUGGUGUCUGUGGCGCUAUUCUCCAACCACCAGCUGAUUUUCUCUUUCUUAAUGUGCUCUGGUAUAAUGCGUUCCAACGCUAAGUACCAAGACAUUACCACUAUUGGCAAGAUUGAGGAAUUUGAAUGGCAGACGUUUCUCCACGGCAACAUCAUGACGAACAUGAUCGAGGAUAAGCAACUGGAGGGCCAUGAUGGUUUGACAGCCAUGGAGAGGCUAGAAGCCCAGUCCAACCCAGACAAGGUGAAGAUCCCUCCCAAAUGGAUCAUCGAUACAACUUGGCGACAAGUUGAGCACCUUGACGUCAGCAUGGCCGUGUUCAAGAACUUAUGUCGCAGCAUCAUGACGCACAAGGCCCAGUGGGAGCUAUUCCACUUGAACAGUAACCCCUACAAAUUAAUGCAGAAACCCUUCGACAUGGCAGACGUCAAAGAUCCUCCAACUGAUAGCCCUGAUGGGUUGGUGAUGGACUGGGAAAAUCUCUCCGGUUUCCAGAAACUUCUGCUCAUAAAAGUCCUGCGUCCAGAGACUCUCAUCUCAUCAGUAUCCGCGUUUAUCCGAGACCAGAUGGAUAGCAGUUACCUGUCCACUGGGACCUUUGACCUCAAGGAAAUCUACGAGGAGUCCUCUGCAAAAACUCCUCUUAUCUUCAUCCUUUCACCAGUUUCAGCCAGAUGCUGUGAUCCUGCGGCGCAGCUGCUGCGUUUCGCUAAGGAGCUGAGGGGAAGUAUCCUCCACCUGGACAUGAUCUCCCUGGGGCGGGGCCAGGGUCCUAAGGCUGAGGAGCUCAUCAACAAGGCUCAGAUCCUCAAAGGACGCUGGGUGUUCCUUCAGAACUGCCAUCUUGCCGCGUCCUGGAUGCCUAACCUACAGGCCAUUGUAGAAAGAUUGGUAGGACGAACUUACUUUUACCGAAGGUUUAAUCAACCCAAUGAUGAUGUGGACCAACAGUUCCGCCUCUGGCUCAGUUCCAAACCUGACCCCUGCUUCCCGAUCUCCAUCCUGCAGACCGGCAUGAAGAUGACUGUGGAGCCUCCGCAGGGCCUGAAGGCCAACAUGCUGCGAGCCUUCGGGAGUGGAGGGACUGGAGUGGUCACAGAAAAGAUGUACGAGAACCCGGAGCUCGGACCUGCCUGGAAAAAACUACUCUUCGGCCUCUGUCUCUUCAACAGUGUCUUACAUGAACGAAAAAAAUAUGGCCGUCUUGGCUGGAAUAUUGCAUACGAAUUCAACGACUCCGAUUUAGAUGUAUCUAUGCUGACUCUUCAAAACCUUCUGCGCGAUCAUGAUGACGACAAUAUCCCAUGGCAGGCACUCUCCUACCUGACAGGGGAGGUAAUUUACGGGGGUCGGGUGACAGAUUGGUGGGAUAGACGUUGUUUGGAUGCACUACUGGGUCGAUUUUUCUGCAAGGAUGCUUUAGAUGAGACCUACAGUUAUUCACCAGAUCGGGUCCUGUACGAGAUCUAUCACCCAGUUAAGGAUUCUUACACCUUCCCCGACGUUCUAAACUACCUGGAGAAUCUACCUAACUACGAUUCACCGGAGCUGUUUGGGAUGACGGAGAAUGCUGAGAAAGCGUGUCGAGAAAUACAGGCAGUACAGAUGAUCCAGACCAUUAUUACAAUACAGCCACGAAUAUCGCUGGAACUCAUGGGAGCCGAGAAGAGUAAUGAUGAAAUAGUGCUGGAGAUUGCGAAGGACAUCACAGAGACCUUGCCACAGAUGGUUGAGGAUUUUGAGGAUUCGUCGGCACCAAUACACACGCAGCAAGUACCACACCCGACUUUGAAGAGUAUCCUCUACAAGGAGGCGCCAGAUCUCAAGGACAAGGAGAAAAGACGAAUUAUACAGGAUGCUAUUGACGCAGUGGUGGGAAACUCGGCCCUGAUGACCGUCCUCCGACAGGAAGUGGACCGAUUCAAUAACCUGCUCACCAUCGUACAUACCUCCUUACGAUCACUCCUUCUGGCAGUAAAGGGAGAAAUCAUUAUGUCAGAAAUCUUAGAGGAAGCUUACUAUGCUCUUCUGAACCAAAAAGUUCCGAAACGCUGGGUGGAAGCUGCCUAUGAAUCGUGUAAAGCUCUGGGACCGUGGAUAUACGACUUGAAAAUGCGUGUGCAGUUCUUCUCCAGUUGGGGCGAACUCAUCUCUAACAACGUGGAGAAGUUGAUCAAGAAUGCAUUACUGGUGUCCAAGUCUGUGACCCCUGCCGACUCACUGGACCAAGCAACUAUGAGGAGUGUCCCUAGGGCAUUCUGGCUCUCCGGCUUCUUCUUCCCUCAGGGAUUCCUGACCGGUGUACAGCAGAAUCACGCCCGAAAACUGGGAAUUUCUGUCGACUCUUUGGUGUUCAACUUCAAAGUCCAUCAAACACUGGAGGAUACCGAGGAAAAACUGAGUGACAUCUCACACAAACUUUCUAUCAAAGACACAGCCUUUAAGGGUCCGUCUCCCCCUGAAGACGGUGUACUCAUUUUCGGGCUCUACUUGGACGGUGCACGAUGGGACCCACAAGACAAGUGUCUGCAAGAUUCAAGAUCUGGUGAUCGAUUUUGCAGACUUCCAGAAAUCCACUUCGUUCCGACGCAGACAUCCCAGGGAACUCCUAGCACAGAAAGGUCCGAGAGUCCUUUAGUGGACAACAGCAACAUGUACGAGUGUCCGUUGUAUAGAACAUCGUCCAGAGCAGGAACACUUUCAUCGACCGGUCACUCCACAAACUUUGUGACAGCGGUCACUAUCCCCUCGGACCAUCCACCAAAUUUCUGGGUGAUGAGGGGCGUGGCUAUGUUAUGUCAGCUGGACGAUUAACGGAAUGUGUUAAUUUUGACCGAAUUAUCCAACACACGGAAGUGAACAGCUCUGCUCAAUUUCAGAAUCAGCUGCAUUUCUACAUAGUGCUUGUGCAUAAUGAAAUAAACUUGAUAUCUGCAGAUAUAUACAAUAUAUGUAUAUAAGGGUUGAUUUUUACAAUCUAUUUAUGAUUACUCAAGAUAAAUAUAUUGACAGGAAUACAUCCAUGGUCAGAUUGUUUUCUUUAACCUAAAAAUUCACAUAUAAGCUUAAGCCAAAACAACCAUUGUUAGACUUUAAAAUGUAACUACGGAUUGUGUAGGUCAGAUGUGCAACCGUAAUUCUAUUUUUAUAAACUCAAAGUAGAGUAUUGUAUUUAAAUUAGUCUUGAUUUUGACUACAGGACAAUAUUGUAUUUGAUAAACUGUCAUGUCACAGGCAUUGUCAGAGCCAAUCAUUACCCAGACACAAUAUGGAAUUGAUGUAUAUAUGUGAAUUAAGACAAUGAAUAAUAAUAUAGAUAUAUUUAGAUUUCAUGGUCGGCAUUUCUAUGUAAAAAAUGUGUAAUAUGUGCAUUCCGUCCCCCCCAAAAAAUGGUGCAAAUGAAAAAGUUUUCACAAGAUUCUAUAUAUUCAAUAAAUGGGUAAAUUGACAAUAAAAGAUGAAAUAUUUUGCACCACUUCAGGUGUAGAAUACUGGUACAGUAUUGUGUGAUGUCAUAGAUUGUCCAUCAAUUAGUGACAUCACAAUAAUUAUGUUUUGUCAAUUUACAUAUUUUAGUAUAAUUUAUAACUUGCAUUUCACUGUUUUCUAUAUACAUAUGUAUAAAUGUAUAAAUGUUUCACAUUCUAUUUAACGGGACAGACUGUACCUGGACUAAAUAUCUGUAAAUAGUUGUAUCUUACUUGAGAAUAAACAGUUUCUGUUACUGCAUGUCUAUGGUUCACAGUGCUAAAGGAUAACCCAUAAAUGCAUGUAAUUGGGUCCAACAAAUUUAAUAUUUCUUUAGACAGAUACAGCAUGUCACAAACAAGACCACAUUGAUUAUUGCUAGUCUGAUAGACCUGUCUUAAAAAAACAGUUCACAUUUUACAAUAAGCUUAAAGCUGUGUUAUAACACUUUUAUAGAUUAAUAUUAUAUUUCAGCCUUAACGAGCCAUGCCAAAGGGGAAUAACUCCCUUGUGUGAGCAUUCAAAGGUUAAUAACUCCCUUGUGUGAACAUUCCAAGG